AUGGCAGGAGUGCAGAAUGGUCCUAUCCCGACCAGAUUGACGUUGCUAUCAAACCUUCGCAACUUCUCGCCAGGCUCCAAAGUCCGGUUCCUAGGAUGUGUAACAAAAUACUCUACGCAAACAGCGAUCCUUACUCUAGAGCACAACCAUCCACCAGGAAACCUUCUCAAGGCUCAGGUGGAUGUCAGGCUUCUCGUCAGCACCUUGAAGUCUAAUGAGACUCAAGUCGGCGAGUGGGUCCAUGUGAUGGGAUAUAUCGCCAACGACCAAAAGCCAAAUGGAACCACCAACAGGAACCUGGAUGUUGGUAUUCAAGCGGUGGUUCUGUGGUGUGCAGGGCCACUUAGUCUCACGGGCUACGAAAGGAGUCUCGAUCAGAGAGCGAUAGACGAACGAAAAAAUACUGGAACUCGAUGA